UGUAGCAACAAGAAACAUGGCGGCUUCUGAACGAGUUAUUGCGGAUCAGUUAGAAGCUAAUAAAGUCAAGAGAGAUGACGAUGUUAUUGAAUUGUACAUAUCAAACAAGGAGCUCAAUGAUGUCAGCGAUUUGUCUCGAUUCAAGAAUUUACAAAGGCUUUGGUUGAGUGGAAAUAAGCUGCGUCGAAUCAAAUGUCUUCAGACGAAUUUCCGAAUCACGGAGCUGUAUCUGCAGAACAAUCAACUCGUGGAGAUUACCGGUGCACUGCAUCACCUCGACAACCUCCAGACUCUUAUGCUCCAUAACAAUCAACUAACGAAGCUGGAACGAGUUAUCAAAGAAUUGAAUAAGAUGCAGGACCUUAAAGUGUUAAACCUGUUUAACAACCCUGUUGCCCAGGAAUCUGAGUAUCGCCUGUACACCAUCCAUCACAUCCCAUCACUAGAAUUAUUAGACAGACAUGAGGUGCUCACAUCAGAACGGGUCCGAGCGAAGAAACUAUACGACCAAGUAAACGAAUCGGUGAGAGAUACCAUAGCAUUUGGUCGGAGGACGGCUGGUGACCCAGGCAUAUUCUACCCUUCCAACGCAGAGAAACUCGAGCUCACGAAACCAGAAGACUGGGAGGUUGGGAACAACUUUUAUCGUAAUCACCCUCCAUUUGAGAACCCUGAAGACGCAGUCAAUACCCGCCUUUUAAAGAAGUCUGUGAUGCAAUAUUCGUCCCUUGAUUGGUCCAAGGUGCCGAGGUCUGACGAGAGAAGGAUGUCGGACCAGGCCUUCGGGACGCCGCAAAUUGUCACUGUCAAAUUUCGGUGAUGCUGGAUUUGCGAUUUAGGCAUUGUUGAGGCGGUUGGAUGUGUAGUAAUGAGGAGAAAGAAAUUCCCCGGGGGUCACUCCAAAAGAAGGGUUAUUCACAUCCGUGUCCAUGGAAACCUCCUAAAACCUCCUACAGUAGGUAGGCAGGCACCUCAAUCCUCAUCCCUUUCAGCGGGGUGAGAAGUAUAAUCAGUCUGGCAACAGUGCUAAUUUGCUAGUCAACGAACGGGACAGCUAUUGUUACGAAAUCGGGGCUUACCACGCUUUUCAUGGCUGCCAAUGUUGUCAUUUUAGUCAAGCAGAAGUAUCAGAAGGUUGGUUAGAUAUUCCAUGGCCUUAAGCAGGCAAAGCUCCACUGAAUGGAGGCUGAAGAUUUCCUGCACGGCCCUCUGCUUUGAUAGAAAUAACCACCCUUUGCCAGUUUUUUCCAAGACAUGGAUGUGCAUACCCCUUUCUAUGGUAGUAACCCACCCCCCCCCCCCCCACCCCCACUCUCUCUACCUGGAAGGAUUCCUCAGUGGUUAUAUAGGGACAACUUAGACAAUCGAUUUAGGAUAAUGUGCCUACUUGGACAUACAAGCUGUGUUAUGUAUGAAACUGAUUCCCGAUAUAUGCCCCUUGAACUUUUUUCAUGGUGUAACGCUCAGUUUGCUGCUAGUGCUCAAUAGUUUUCCAAAUAGGACAUUGUUAACAAUUGUUUAAAACAAAGUAUUGACAUUUUUGGCUUUUGAGAUUUCGCUCAAGAAAGAGUGAUGCAUCUGUCAACCUCCUGCAGGCAUUGGCACUAUUGUUGUGUUUGAUGAUUUGACGUUAAUAGAGUGCUUUAUGUGACGGGGAGGCGUUAUUAUUUUCGAUGUUUCAUUUUCAAAGCUGGCAAUGAAUUUCAUAAUUUGACUUCGAUUUGAGGCUGUGAUAGAUUUGUCAAAUUUACCAGUUGUGAUUCCAGUUUUACUUGAAGCUUCUACAGUGACAGAUUAUAUCCAGAUUCAAUAAAGACUUCCUAAAUUCUUGAUUCUUAAUUCUAUUGGUCAUAGCAGUAUAUAAAUUUUGUGAUAUAGUUAUUU